AUGCUGACGAUAAAGUUGCCUCAGAUAUUCAGGGUUCACCAAGUACCUCGUAUCUUCUGGGAGGAUGGCAUCAUAUCCGGCUACCGCCAUCCAAAGAGCUCUGCCUUGGACUGCAUCCUGAGCUCCUUCCAAAUGACCAACGAGACUGUCAAUAUCUGGACCCACUUCCUCCCGACCUGGUAUUUCGUGUGGCGGUUCUUGGGGCUCUUCUCCUCCCUGGAUUUCUGCAGAGACGCCUACAACUGGCCUUUCCUCGUCUACAUGUUGCUGGUCUGCCUGUACCCCUUCACCUCCAGCUGUGCCCACACCUUCAGCACCAUGUCCACCCACGCCCGCCACAUCUGUUACUUCUUUGACUAUGGAGCCCUCAGCCUCUACAGUCUGGGCUGUGCUUUCACAUACGGAGCCUAUGCGAUGCCAGACCGUUGGGUUAACAGCACUUUACACCAUUACUUUGUACCAAUGGCUGCUUUUAACUCAUUUAUCUGCACCAGUCUGUCUUGUUACUCCCGGUUCCCGGAAUUGGAGUGUCCCCGGCUGAGCAAGGUUUUACGGACAACGGCCUUUGUGUAUCCCUUUGUCUAUGACAAUAUCCCGCUGUUUUAUAGGCUUCUGUUCUGCUUCGGGGACGGCUGCACCUGGAACGAUGCCACCGCGGGUUACUUCUACCACCUAUUCUUUGCCCUGCUCACCGGCUUCCUCUUUGCCUCCCACCUGCCGGAACGCCUGGCGCCCGGGCGCUUUGACUAUAUUGGGCACAGCCACCAGCUGUUCCACAUCUGCGCAGUGGUGGGCACCCACUUCCAGCUGGAGGCCGUCCUGUCGGACGUGCGCUCGCGGCAGGCCUGGCUGAGCACCCGGGCCCCGGCGCCCGCCUUCUCCGCCACCUUCGGCACCGUCAGCCUGGCCCUGCUGGGGAACCUGCUCAUCAUUGGGGGGUUCACCGUGGCCCUGCUGCGCUGGCCGGGCGGCGCCGCCAUCCUGCAGAGCACCGUGCCCGAGGCGGGCCGCCCCAAGGAGCAGUGA